AGCAGCACCUUCCUCUGGCUGUCUGUUCUGUACUUCUGUCUUUAAAUUACCUCUUUGGUGAUCUUCAAAUAUGAAAACUCUUCUCGUGUUUGCUUUCCUGGGUAUGUCUGUCGCUGAUAGACUACCUUCCAGCAACUACCGGGGGCCAAACGGAGGUUUCAGCAAUGGCUUUGGCGCUUCAAAUGGAGUCCCAAACAACGGGUUUGGAGCACCUCUGAGCAACGGAUACGGAGCUCCCCCAAGUAACAGGUACGGCCCCCCAAGUGGCUACGGACAAGAUGAAAUUGCUGCUCUGCUGGAGAGCAUCCCUGGUGGUGGCGUCCCUGGUGAAGACUACCCCAUUCUGGCUUCUCCACCAAACACUGGCUUCUCCUGUGAUGACCAGGCGGUGCAAGGCUAUUACGCUGAUACCGCCUCUGAAGCCGGCUGCCAGGUGUUCCACAUUUGCCAGGACCGCGCCCGCAGACGCCAGCAGGACUCCUUCCUCUGUCCCAACGGUACCAUCUUCAACCAGCAGUACCUGGUGUGUGACUGGUGGUUCAACGUGGACUGCUCUGAGGCUGAGAACUUCUACUCCGUCAAUGAGCUCAUCGGCGUCGUCCCCUACGGUGGUUAUGGACCCUCCACCAACGGUAAUGGUAACCGUUAUGGCUCUAACGGUAACGGGAAAGGUAAUGGUAAUGACAACCGUUAUAGCUCAAAUGGUAACGGAAGAAACGGAAAUGCUGUCAACGGUAAUGGCUAUCGAGCAAACAGUAACGGUGGGAAUGGUGCCAGCAACGGUUAUGGACCUCCAGUUCCUCCACCUACUUCCUAUGGAACUCCAUUUUAAGAUGUUUAUAACUUGACACUUGUCUUCUCUCACUCGACUGUCUCUCUGGUAAAAUGAUUCCCGCAUCCACUCAACCAUGAUCCAAGAGUUUACUGGACUCCCAUCUUUGUAUAUAUUUAUAAUUUAUUAUCAGUGUGGUUUACCAAUGAAAGUUUUCUUUAUCAUAUUUACAUAAUAAAAUUUCUGAUGAUCAUA